AAAACCCACACCCUCAUGGGGUAACAGAGGGAACAAAGCACUGCAAUGUUUCACAAAAUUGAGCCUUUAAGGGAGGAUAAACAAGAAAAAAAAUGUGUCACUUCUUAAGUGAAUAACAAUAAAGCACUGACCUCUUUUCAAAAAAACAAAGUGCCAAAACAAAGACCAUUCUUAACACGGGAAUUAUUGCUCAGGGACUCAUCAGACGAAACUCUCCCCUCAGACUCAAAAACCGCAUCAUUUCAAAGUGAUGAGUUUUAAAGGAGAUGUCGCCUCCCAUCUGCAAAUGAACUGAAAGAAGACCUUGAUGCAACAUCUGGAGGGGAAUGUGACCUUCCUACUGCAGGAUUUCAAACCCCAGAAUCUAUCCACCAUGGUUCUGAGGGAAUAUCAAGACCAGAUGCUGCUACGGACAGUCAGCCUGAAGUCGUGAUCUGAGGAGAAACCACUGAACACCAGACCUCUCGAGCCUAAAGGUUUUGACCAACUUUGGUUUUCAUGAUGAUGGAAUUUUUCCUCCCCAUGAUGGAAAGGAAGAGGCUCUUCCUCAGCCUCCUGCUCUGCUACAGCUUGCUCAGAGCUGCUGAUUCCCACAUGGUCACUGAGGAGAAGGCAGAAUGCAACCUGUCCAAGAGCAGCAGAAUGGAUCUCUCAGAUCUCCCACCCAUCUCCAUAGUAGAUUUAACUAGAAGAUCCCAGAAAGUCAGCAGGAAAGAGGCAGAGAACAAGAAAUCUUCCAAGAAAAAUGCUGAACGCAAGACACCUCCGAAACCAAGGCCCCCACCAGCUGCCAACUGUGUGCCAACCUUCAAACCCUGCAAACCACACCUGAAUUCCUGCUGUAACUACUGUGCUUUGUGCAAAUGCCGAAUUUUCCAGACAAUCUGCCAGUGCCUAAUGUUAAACCCCAAGUGCUAAGCCAAGCUGGGGACACAGUGAGGCUCCUGUCUUUCUUUAGUUUCUCGAGUGGGUAUUUCGAAUUGCUCCGUGUGUAUGGCAGAAUAGAGAGCUCUGAAGCUUGGAUUUGCCCCUCUUAAAAUGUAGUGGACAGGUUUUUUAUGGGGUUAAUGGUGUCACAACCAGGAUGUUAUUUCAAGGAGCAGACAACCAGGGAGAUUGACAGUGAUUAGGUAUUUUUAGCAAAGAGUUUGUUUUAGGAGGAAUUCUGGAUUUUUGGUGCUUUGGGAUUGUUUGGGUUUUUGGCUCUUUUUUUAAGAGUCAUAACCCUUGUCACAUAUUCAACAAAAAUCAGGACAAGUAUUUAUGUAGGUUAUUCUACCUGAAAAUAAGGCAAUUUUUCAAUCAUCCUCAGCUGAGCAUCAGUCCAUCCACCUUCAGGGUUUGUAGUCAUUGCAGUAACCAGCACCUCCCAUGUGUAUAAAAUACAUGUAUACUUGAACCCUAAAUGUGUCUGUGCCUCAUAACAUAAAAAUCAGAUUUUUUUUCCCCAGCCAUGUCCAUAGGAAUCAAUUCUUCAGCCCUUCUUCUCCUGUUGCCAAGGGUAUUGUGUAUAGAAAUCCCAAAAGCAGGAAGACAUAUCCACAACUUGGAGGAAGAAGGAAAGAUCAGCCAAAAAUGAAUGUAUGUCCCGCAUGUACAUCUUGAAGCAAAGCAAAUUAUAAGCAAUCAAUCCCCUUCUUUGCCCUUUACUACUAGAGGCAGCUCCCAGAACCUACCCCAAGGGUGAAUUCAGGCAUCAGUCUCCAUGUGCUGCAGGCAACCAGUGACCACAGGGGAAAAAAAGAACCCACAUCAAAGGGUGUAAAGGCUCAGAAACAGCUCUGAAGGUGUGAGUGAAGCUCAAGGCAGCAGCAAACAGGUGUCUGGGAGGCUUCUUUCUCUUGUUCUUGAAGCUCUUUGCCUCAAUCUCAAGGUAUCCAAGAUGGCACAGAAGGAAACUCCUUCUUGGUUAAACUACCAGGAGAACAAGGAGGGAGCAAACCCAGAAAAUGUCCCACUGACUCCUCUGUCAGACUCCAGCUCUUGCUUUUCACCUCCUCUGUUCUGUAUCUACAGGGUUCAUCUCCCCUGCUCCCUUCCCUUCUUUUUUUCUUCUUUGGUACUUCCUUGAUUUCAGCAUUUUCCCUUCAUCCCACUGCUAUUCCCAGUCACCCCAGGAGCCACGUUCACUCCAGGUUAGACCCCUCUCUCCUGUGUUCUCUCCACCUGCCCCCACGGGGUCCCUGCCAACGCUCUGCAGAUUUCACAGGCACAGAUUUUCUAACCGUGAAUUUUGAACGCAACUCAUGAAUUUUCUAAUCCUCUGUGCAGGUCUACUUGAGAGGAAAUUUCUUCAUUGAUUUAUUUCUAAACACACAGCUGAGGGCUACAAAAGUCUUCCAGGAAGGCCAAGAUGAUACAGAUGACACUCCAAAGGCACUUGAGCCUCACAAACUCUUUUUUCUUAUAAUAAUCGGUCUGAAGCCCAGAACUCAAAACACAGGUCAGGUGCUGACAGAAAUUUUUGUUCAGUCUAAAGAUAUAAAAUGACAGAUUAAUCUAAGAGAGAGCCCUAAUGAUGACAGGAUGCCAUUGUGUCCCUUAUCUUUUAUAAAAUACAUCUGUUGACACAUGCCAUGCAAGCUUGAAUUCUUGUACAUUUACAUAGGUAUGUUUUUAAUCAUAUAUCUUGGCUCAGGAAUCUGUAAGCCACUCAGACAUGAUAAAAAGGGAAUGAGAAGGAAGACUGGCACAUUACAGCGGACUUGGGAAUUCGGACCCUUCCUUUACUAGGUAAAGAUUUAGGUUCCCUUCAAGUUGUUGACAGUGUCAUUUUCAUACCAGAAAGUCCAGCUGGUCAGAAAAUCUGUAUUUUUCCUGGGUCAAGAGGAUCAGGAGGAGAGGGAAGGGAAGGAGAGAGAGCCAGAAACCAAACAAACAGCUGCUCUCUAGACAGCAGCUCCCACUCCAGUUUGCAGAAUGACAGGGUGGCUGAGGACAGCAGGAACCUCUGGAAGUCAUCUGGUCCAAGCAGGGCCUCCUAGACCUGUUUGCCCUGGACUGUGUCCAGGCAGCUUUGGAAGACUCCACCACCUCCCUGGGCAACCUGUCCCCGUGCUGGGUCACCCUCACCAUUAAAAACAGAAAAAAAAGCUUCCUGAUGUUUGACUCUCUCCAGUAUGUCCAUGUCUCCCUGGUGCUGGGGAGGCCCAAUCUGGACACAGCACCCCAGGGAUAACCUGCCCAGUGCUGACCAGAGGGAAGGGAUCCCCUCCUCGACCUGCUGGUGACAGUCCUUCCAACACAGCCCAGGACACAACUUACCUUCUGUCCUGCAAGGACACACAGACUCAUGUCCAACUCUGUGCUCUCCAGGCCCCCCCAGGGCCUUUCCUGCUGAACUGUCUCCCAGCUGGGUGUCCCCUGGCACAUCCUGGUGCCUGGGGCUGUUCCUUCCCAGGGGUAGGACUUUGUGCUUCUCCUUGUUGACCAGCAGGAGGUUCAGACUGGUUUUGCAGCCUGGCUCAGUCCCUCUGGACUUACCAGCCCCUGCUCCCAGACUGGUGUCACCAGAAAACCUGCCAAGGACACCCCAUCAUCCAGAGGUGUAGCACAGCCUGGGACUGUCACCAAGGGAUGUGGGAAGUGCCCAGACCCACCUGAGGAGCCACGGACAUGGCAGCAGACCCAGCCAAGGACAGGAUGUGCAGUGAAGGAAAAGGAAAGACCCAGGCAGACCACUGAGGGGAUUUGUUUUUCAACACAUAUGCAUACACUUUUUAAUAUAGCAUUUACCUACAGUGCAUUUUAAAAUUUGAUUUAUUAAUAAGCCUUCUUUGCAACUGGAAUUUAUUAGAAAGAGGUUAUGCUUUCUUUGCUGUUCAUCUAUCCACCAAAGAAUAUAUAUAAUAUGUAUUAUAUAUAAUAUAUAUAACCAAGUACUCUGAAAUUAGUAGCCUUAGUGACUUGACCUUUCUGGGUAAAGAUCAUGUUGCAUGAGGUGUUGAGAGGAUAUGGAAAUCAAUAAAAUAUGUGCACCAAA